CAAAUGAAACGUUAUCCAAAAGAAGAGGAUAAUGGUAAGUACAUGGCAUCUUCCUAGUGGUUGGAGCAAUAGCUAAGUUCACUUGUUGUCCAUGAAAAAGAUAUCCCCAUCAACUCUAAAUCCACUCUUGUUUUUCUUGCCUUUUUCUUCAUCAAACACCCUCAUAAUUCUCAUAAAAACAAAGUAAGGGGAAAAUAUUAAACCAUAUGGCAAGUUGUAACAUGGCUUCUGCUGCAUCAAGUUUUUUGGUUGCAACUCCUAAUGUUGUCUCUAAUAACACAACCAAUUCUCGUACCAAUAUGUUGUAUUUCUCCUGCAACAAGACCACCCCGAGACUUGUCGUAAGGGCGGCCGAGGAAGAGGCUGCCCCAGCACCAGCAGCGGCCGCGGCUACUGCUGAACCAGCUGUUGAAACCAAAGCUGCUAAGCCACCUCCAAUUGGUCCCAAGAGAGGAGCCAAGGUGAAAAUUCUUAGGAAGGAAUCUUACUGGUACAAGGGCACUGGUUCAGUUGUAGCUGUUGAUCAGGAUCCAAAAACUCGUUACCCAGUUGUUGUAAGAUUUAACAAAGUGAAUUAUGCAAAUGUUUCAACCAACAACUAUGCAUUGGAUGAAAUUGAAGAAGUGAAAUGAAACUCUGUGCAGUCAGUCAAUUGGAAUUAGUAGAAUUGCAAGGCCCUUUGGUUUUCAUGUUUAUUCUCUAGUUAUAUAUUAUAUACUGGGUUUGAAUGUGAAUGAAUGUCUUAUUAUAGUUUGUGUCA